UUCAUAAUGGGAAAAAGUCACUUCCUGAUCUUCUUUGGUGCAGAGAGGAAGAACGGACUCCAGCUCCACGAUGCGUCCUGGCCUCUGGGAGACAUGCUUCUGGUUGUGGGGACCACUUUUAUGGCUCAGCAUUGGAAGUUCAGGGAACGUACCCCCUACCACCCAACCCAAGUGCACGGACUUUCAGAGUGCCAACCUCCUCCGAGGCACCAACCUCAAGGUGCAGUUUCUCCUCUUUACCCCCUCGGACCCCAGCUGUGGGCAGCUAGUAGAAGAAGGCAGUGACAUCCGGAGCUCUGAGUUCAAUGCCAGUCUGGGAACCAAAGUAAUUAUUCAUGGAUUCAGGGCGCUCGGAACAAAGCCUUCUUGGAUCGACAAGUUUAUCAGCGCUGUCCUGCGGGCUGCGGAUGCUAAUGUAAUCGCGGUGGACUGGGUUUAUGGUUCUACGGGCGUGUACUACUCAGCAGUGGAGAAUGUGGUCAAGCUGAGCCUGGAGAUCUCCCGUUUCCUCAGCAAACUUUUGGAGCUGGGCGUGUCAGAGUCCUCAAUCCACAUCAUUGGUGUCAGUCUGGGGGCUCAUGUUGGAGGCAUGGUGGGACAUUUCUACAAAGGCCAGUUGGGACAGAUCACAGGUCUGGAUCCUGCUGGACCAGAGUACACCAGAGCCAGCCUGGAGGAACGCUUGGAUGCUGGAGACGCCCUGUUUGUAGAAGCCAUCCACACAGACACGGACAAUUUGGGUAUCCGGAUUCCUGUUGGACAUGUGGACUACUUUGUCAAUGGAGGCCAAGACCAGCCUGGAUGCCCUGCCUUCUUUCACGCAGGUUACAAUUACUUGAUCUGUGAUCACAUGAGGGCAGUACACCUCUACAUCAGUGCCCUGGAGAACACCUGCCCACUGAUGGCCUUCCCCUGUGCCAGCUACAAGGCCUUCCUCGCAGGAGACUGUCUGGAUUGCUUUAACCCUUUCCUGCUCUCCUGUCCGAGGAUUGGACUGGUGGAACGAGGUGGUGUCAUGAUUGAGCCGCUCCCCAAGGAAGUGAAGGUUUAUCUCCUGACUACAUCCAGUGCCCCGUACUGUGUGCACCACAGCCUUGUGGAGUUUUAUUUGAAGGAGAAGAGAAAAAAGGAUACCAGCAUCGAGGUCACGUUUCUUAGCAACAACGUAACGUCCUCGGUCAAGAUCACCAUACCUAAACAGCAACUGGAAGGGAGAGGGGUCAUGGCUCAUCCUAACCCACAGUGCCAGAUAAACCAAGUGAAGCUCAAGUUCCAAGUUUCUAGCCGGGUUUGGAGAAAAGACAGAACUCCUGUUGUUGGGACUUUCUGUACUGCCCCUCUGCCGGUCAAUGACAGCCUUACGGUGCAUCACAGAAGAGAGGACAGAGAGAAUACAGGAGCUGGAAGAAGGGGGCAAGUGUUGUGUGGCAAUUUCCUCUGAAUUGAACGUUUUUCCUCCUGGAGGAAGAAAGAGGCUCGCUCGUGAGAAUCAGGAAGUAAACAAGGGCCCCCAGACCUGGAAAGAUGUCACUUAGAGGAUUCACAAGACCUCACCUCAAAACAUAGAAUGAGGAAGGACAUGUGUAGAAGAGUUCUGUCAGAGCGGCCCCCGGGUUCAGAGAGCUCCAGGAAUGCAGUUUUUGUGUGUCUCUACCCAGGCUGGGACCAGCUUCUUGGAAAUGCAGCUGCCUGUGAGGGUUUCCUGCUUCUGUAAGUAAGCUCUUUCUUGUGACCCUGUAGCCUCAGUGAACUCAUUGGUUAGCCAGGUUAGACUUUUGUGGAAUUGUUGCUAUGGUCAGUUGCUGGUUCCCUAUUCAGGGUGAGUAGAUAUUUGCAUGAAUCCUCUCAAGAUGUCACAAGACACUAGCACACUCCCCAUGUGGCCUCUUUGUGACAAAGCCUUUAAUACAGAGACACUUUGAAGAAAGUUGUCCAAACCAUACUAGUAUGAAAUAUUCCUCCUGCGCACCAUCUUGUUCUUGUUAGUUUUUCUAUUGUUGUGACAAAAAACACUAUGACCAAGGCAACCUAUAAAAGAAAGCAUUUAAAUUGGGGCUCAAGGUUGCAGAGGGAUGGAGCCCAUGACUGUCAGAGCUGGGAAAAUGGCAACAGCAGGGCAGGCAUGGACAAAGAGCUCAGCGUUUACAUAUUUAAAAUAAUGUUUUACUGGCUCUUUGUGAAUUUCACAUCAUACAUCCAAUCCCACCCAUCUCCCCUUCCACAUGGACACAGACACAGACACAGACACAGGCAAGAGGGCAGCCACACAGGCUAUUCUACUUCACUUCCCUCCCCUCUUCUUGUUCAGAACACUGAGUUACCCCAGCAGAAGCCAGAGGAGGAAAAAAACCAACUUGGUUCGUAGAGGUCCAGGGCAUAGAGCAGGGUACAGAAGGAUGGGUCCUAGGUUCACCUCAUAACUUUCCCUCCUAGAUGGUUCACUUUUUAAACUUAGCUUUAAAAAAUACCCCCAUAAACGAGCUUUAAAGAGAGUUGACUUUUGGUUCACUCUGUAACAAAGGCAGGGAGAAUGAUGUAAGCCGUAGGGUAUGGUUACAUCAUUUGUAUGAGGUCAUGCAGAACGCAGUAGCCAGGGCCCAGCUCUUCUGAGCUGUGGCAAUGAAAGCCGCAGGAUGGUCAACGCAAUGUCCAUUUGGACGCUCACCCACGAGCCCCAUUCUCUGCCUGCCCUAGCCUUGCAGGACAUUGUCACACGGGAAGAAUCCACGUCAUCUCCAGCAAGCAGGCUUGCAAUUUCCUUCCCUUUUAAAAUCUCAAGCCACUCUUCUCUUACACCCUCUUGUAACCACCCAGCAGCUUGUGGGUUUCCCUGGGAGUGACCUCAGCUAGCCUGGGCUUCAUUGAGCUCAAGUUCCUGUGGUUGUGACUCAGGGAACAGUGACUCUCCUGGGAGACACUGCUUAGCCAUCCUUCUUCCUUAGUUUUCCCUUAUGCUUGCGACUUUUCUUCCAAGUUUGGAUAAAUCGUAGCAUGCUUCUGUGAUAAAGGGAUUAUAUCAUAAGCUGUUACUCUAGUUAGGCUUUGCAUUAUCUUUGGGAUAUGGCCUGUGUUUCUUCACUAAUGUCAUCUUGUUUUAACGCAUCGUGAAAUGUGGAAAUGUACUUCCGUGUUAUCGUGUGUCCCAUCAGAAAUGUUAGAUCAUUACCGUAAAUGGGAAACUAGUUUCUCUUAUCCUAGGCUAAUCCUAGAAAUAAAUACAAUGAGACCAUA